CUUCAUCACCGCGUGACUUCCCGCCCCACCCCGGGCAUUCAAGCUCCGGACGCGGGAGAGCCGCGCUUGUCUUCUGUAGUGUCCUGCCUGUCGCUGCGCCCUGCUGUCAUGUUUCCGGCCGUCCCUUCUCCGAGGACCCCGGGUCCUGGGUCCCGAAGGGGCCCGCUGGCCGGGGUCGGGCCGGCGUCCACGCCCCGUGCGACCAGCAGGAGGGGCCUGUCCCUGGGCUCCGCGGUCGGCUCCCCCGGGCUCUUCUCGCCGGCAGGCCGGCGGAGCUCGCUGAGCUCGCGAGGAACACCUACGUGUGUAUUCCCGCAUCACUCCAUAACUGAGUCUGUGAACUACGAUGUGAAGACGUUUGGAUCGUCACUCCCUAUUAAGGUCAUGGAGGCCCUGACCCUGGCAGAGGUUGACGACCAGCUAUCUGUUCACAUAGAUGAAGGUGGAUGGGCUUGCCUCGUCAGCAAAGAGAAACUGCUCGUUUGGAAGAUUACUCUGUCACCUGUCACCAAGUUAUCUGUUUGCAAAGAACUCCAGCUACCACCUAGUGAUUUCCACUGGAGUGCCGACCUGGUGGCCCUCUCCUGCUCUGCUCCCUCAGGUGAAGCACAUUCUAUUCAGGCUGUUGCUGUCAUGGUUGCCACUAGAGAAGGGUCCAUCCGCUACUGGCCAAGUCUCGCCGGGGAGGACGCCUACACAGAGACGUGCGUGGACCUGGGAGGGGAUAAGAUAUGCAGGUUCCUCACGGCAGUCAAGGGAGGAAGUUUCAUCUUGUCCUCUGCAGGGAGCCAGCUGAUUCGGUUGGUACCUGAAAGCUCGGGGAAGAUCCAUCAGCACAUCCUGCCCCAGGGGCAAGGUGUGCUUUCAGGGAUUGGUCGGAAGGUUUCUUCCCUUUUUGGGAUUUUGUCUCCUAGUAGUGAUAUCAUGCUUGCAGGUGUUCUCUGGGACAGAGCACGGUCCAGCUUCUACAGCCUCACCAGCUCAAGCAUCAGUAAGUGGGAGCUGGACGAGUCCUCAGAGAAGCAGGCGCACAGCUGGGAGGUGCACCGCGCCCUGAAGGAGAGCGUGGCGGAUGCUAUCUGGGGAUCUGAAAGUAACUAUGAAGCUAUUAAAGAAGGGGUCAACAUUCGGUAUUUGGACUUGAAGCAAAACUGUGAUGGGCUCCUGAUUUUGGCAGCUGCGUGGCAUCCUGCAGACAGCCCCUGCCUGGUCUACUACUCCCUGGUAACAGUGGAAGACAAUGGCUACCAAGUGUCAGAUGCAAUCACCGUAGAAGUCACUCAGUACAACCCACCUUUUCAGUCUGAAGACCUGGUCAUGUGCCGGUUGAUGGUCCCAGACUUUUCAAACCAGAUGGCCUACCUGUACACUGAGAAUGCUGUCCACGUGUGUACGACUGGGACCGGGAAGUUCUCUCUUCCUCGGGAGAGAAUCAGCUUUAACUCUCAAGGAGACGGCAUCCUGGGCGCUGGCUUCUGUGGCGGUGUUCCCCUCCUGUUCUCUCGAAACAGCGGGCUGGUGUCCAUCACCUGCAGAGAGAGCGUGUCCCUGCUGGCAGAAGAGCUGGAGGAGUCGUUGGCGUCUUCAGUCGCUGGACCCAGCAGUGAUAGCAUGGUCUUUGAGACCACCACAAAGAAUGGAACUGUCGCCCAGGAAGACAGGACGAAGCUGCUGAAAGCUGCCUUUCUGCAGUACUGCAGGAAAGACUUGGGUCAUGCUCAGAUGAUGGUUGAUGAACUGUUUUCCUCCCAUGCUGACUUGGAUUCUGACUCUGAGCUGGACAGGGCUGUUACCCAAAUCAGUGUAGACGUGGUGGAUGACUACCCAGCCUCUGACCCCCGGUGGGCGGAGUCUGUUCCGGAGGAGGCGCCCGGGCUCAGCAACACCUCACUGAUCAUCCUGCACCAGCUGGAAGACAAGAUGAAAGCCCACGGCCUCCUGGUGGACUUCCUGCACCAGGUCGGCCUCUUUGGGCGUCUGGGCACAUCUCCAGUCAGAGGGACACCGAUGGCAACCCGCCGGCUGCUCUGUGAACACGCAGAAAAGCUGUCUGCAGCCAUUGCUCUCAAGAACCACCACUCCCGGCGGCCGGACCUCGUGAACACAGCUAUCCAGGCAGCGCUGAGCAAGAGGGAGCGGGACAUCCCGGCCAGCCUGACACCUGCAGAUGUCUUCUUCCGUGAGGUGUCCCAGGUGGAUACCAUCUGCGAGUGUCUGCUGGAGCACGAGGAGCAGGUCCUGAGGGACACGGCACUGGACUCCCUGGAGUGGGCUGAGGUGGCGGUCGACGUCAACACUGUUCUGAAGGACAUGCUGCAGGCUGCUAGUCAUUAUCGCCAAAAUCAAGGCUCCUUGUACAGCAGAGAAGACGCAGGAGGAAAAGAACCCGAAUAUGUUCCCUGGACAGCAACAAGUGGGCCCGCUGGCAUCCGAACCGCCAUCGUGCGCCAGCAUGGGAUCAUCCUGAAGACAGUCUACCCGCAGGCGGACAGCAACCUCCGCAACAUCCUGACGGAGCAGCUGGUCGCACUGAUCGACUGCUUCCUGGACGGCUACGUUUCGCAGCUCAAGUCUCUGGACAGGUCCAGCGACCAGGAGAGAUACAACAGCCUGGAAGUGGAGUACCUGCAGAGACGCGCAGACCUCUUGUCCCCGCUGCUCACGCUGGGCCAGUACUCAUGGGCUGCUUCUCUAGCAGAGAAAUAUUGUGACUUUGACAUCUUGGUACAGAUGUGCGAGCAGACAGACAACCAGAGCAGGCUCCAGCGCUACAUGACCCAGUUUGCCGAUCAGAAUUUUUCAGAUUUCCUCUUCCGCUGGUAUCUGGAGAAAGGCAAGCGGGGCAAGUUGUUGUCUCAGCCUGUUUCUCAACAUGGACAGUUGGCAAGUUUUUUGCAAGCUCAUGAACAUCUCAGCUGGCUACACGAGGUUAAUAGCCAAGAGUUGGAAAAGGCUCAUGUAACACUUCUGGGUUUGGCAAACAUGGAAACUCGUUACUUUGCCAAGAAAAAAACUCUUCUCGGCUUGAGUAAACUGGCUGCACUAGCCUCGGACCUUUCGGAGGACGUACUGCAAGAAAAAAUCGAAGCAAUGGCUGAGCAGGAGCGCUUCCUGCUGCACCAGGAGACCCUGCCCGAGCAGCUGCUGGCGGAGAGACAACUGCGCCUCGGCGCCAUGCCUGUGCUGACGGCUCCGCAGCUCAUCAGCCUGUACAUCUGUGAAGAAAACAGAAGAGCCAAUGAGUACGAUUUCAAGAAGGCUCUGGACUUGCUGGAGUAUAUUGAAGAGGAUGAAGACGUAAACAUAGACGACCUGAAGCUGGAAAUCCUCUGCAGAGCCCUGCAGAGGGACGACUGGUCUAGUUCAGAUGGUAAAGAUGAUCCAAUUGAAGUGUCUAAAGACAGCGUCUUUGUGAAAAUCCUGCAGAAACUUUUAAAAGAUGGCAUUCGGCUCAGCGAGUACCUGCCAGAGGUGAGGGGCCUGCUGCAGGCAGAGCAGCUGGGAAGCCUCAAGUCCAACCCGUACUUUGAGUUUGUCUUGAAAGCAAAUUAUGAGUAUUACGUCCAGGGACAGAUGUAAAUCUUUCUACAAGUGGUCACUUUCCAAACUUCGUACAAGUGUGUGCUUGUGAAAUUUCAGGCCUUGAACAGCUGGGGCGUUUGUCUUGUAGCAUGUGCAACUGAGUUUUUCUGUGCUUUAUUUGGAAGCUAAUAUAAAUAGCUCUAACUGUAAUUCUGGGUUUUUACAUGGCAUUUCCUCUCUUUUUUUCUGUAGAAAUUUAUCAGUUGUUUAUGUUCUUACCCUUUCCCUUCUGUUUUGUUUUAUGGUACUGGGGGUUGAAUGCAGAAAUGCUCUGCCACCAAGCUACAUCUCCAGCCUUUUUAAUUUUUUAAAUUAUUUAAAAAUUUGAGACAGGGUUUCCCUAAGUCACCUGGGCUGGCUGUCCUCCUCCCUCAGCUCCCAAGGUACUGGGAUCACAGGCCGCCACGCCCAUCUGAGCCUCUCUGUUCUCUGAAACGUGGUCCGGUGAGUUUUGUGACUCUCAUGCUGGUUUUAGCUCCUGGCAUGCACACAUCACUUCCAGGCCUCAGUUUCCUUGACUCUGAAAAGUGGCCAGGGCCUCAAAUACCUCUGCAGCCCUACGACUCUGAUACUGUGCACUGGAGAGGAUCUGGGUGUUUGGCUUCUUUGGUUGAAAGUAGUGGGAAAUACCUGUCAAUUUUACUGACUUAUCACAGAAUUAAAAGCAAGACACAGUGGGCCUAAGUCGUGUGAGUUUGAUAACUGAUGACAUCCCCAGGAGCAUUUUUAACUUGCACAUAAGGGAAUCAGUUCAGUGAAAGUUCUUCCGUGGAUACACGCUGGCCUUGCUUCCUGGCCUGCCGGUAGCUGUCCCCUGCUGGUGGUCGUCUGGUGCUGGCGAAGCUCCUUCAGGCCUCACUGUGUCUGCCCUCGUCACCAGCACACGCCACGCUCAAGACCCCUGGGGUCCCAGUUCUCCAAGCACUCUGUCCUAACCAGUUGUCACUCGGCGCUGUCUGGCUUUAGAUAAAAGCAGAUUAGCAGGCCUUGCUGGCUAGCCACUCCUGGCCAGGCAAGUCUCGCUAGCUGCUUGCCCAACAGCUGAGAAGGUCAGAAGUCACACAUGGUGCAGAGCCAGCCACGGUCCCUCUUACCCAUGGCUUGUUAGGAAGGAGCUUGGAGGCCCUGUGUCAGAGCUGGGUCAGGAGUGUUGGCGGAACCCUGGUGGGUCAGUGGCUAGGAGACCAGGCUUCAGUUCACACGUUAGCAGUUGGUGACGGUGACGAGUGCUCUGGGGACAUGGCUCCUCCCACCCCCACCUGCCACCACAGCGGUCCCCGCAUGAGAGAAGGGUUUUAAGGGGAGCCAGCUGAUGCCCAGGCCCCAGGGUUUUGUGGUGAGGAGUGGCCCUCCUGGCCAGGCCGAGGCUGCUUCCUGGCUGUCUCAGCAUCUUAGCUCCAGAACAGUGGCCUUUAACAGUAAUAAGGAAAUUUAGAUGGUUUCGAAAACUUUUUCCACUAAGCUUUUUUAAAAUUGGGUCCGUAUCAGUCUCCAUCGAAGAGUCGUCAUUAAUGAUUUUUGGGGAAUCAAGUAACUGAUGAUGACUCUGCUGGGCUGCGUCCCGUUUUCCGCAGAGGGGUGUUUGCCCGCCUUGGGACUGUCUGAGGCCCAGCUGGGGGCCUCGGUGGCAGCAGUGACCUGACAGCAGGCCUCGGGGGCCUGUGAAGGGGUCGAGGAAGGCAGACCAGCAGGCCCUGCGUGGAGGAGCCCCUGACAGCCUGAGGCCUGGGGCCUGGACAGCUGCCUGUGUGUGAGCAGCACACUCACUAGACUCCGGUGCUGAGCUAGGCUGGAGCAAGGAAAGCUGAUUCAGAAGGCACGUGGAGAAGAGGAAAAGGAAAUACACAUUUGGGAUAAAGGGGGCUGGAGAUGUGGCCCAGCGGCAGAACACUCCUGAGUUUGAUCCCUAGUACCCCCCACACAAAUAAAAAUAAAAAAACAAAAAGGCUCAUGGAGGGCAACAACCGUGUCAGUCAGCUCCCACCAUGACCGAGGCACCGAGAAGAGCAGCCGAGGAGGGAGAGUGUGCUGUGGCUCAGUUUCAGGUUUACUCCUUGGUCACUGGGAGGAGGGGAGGAUGUGUCGGAAGGAAGAGGUGGGACGUGUGCGUGCAGGAAGAGGCCCCUUUCAGGGCAGCCCAGUGCCCGCCGCCUCCAGCCAGGCCCAGGCCCACUUGCCUCUGCCACCACCCAGCCGGUUAUCCAGAUUAGCAUGUGCGGGCAGGUGACAGUUCAGGUCUGAUCCCUUCACCUCUGAGCAUUGCUGCAUUCACAGGGGCUUUGGGGGACACCUCACAUCCAGCCCUUAACAACCCCUGUAAUCCCCCAGCCAGAAGGAACUGAAGUGCGCCUCAGAGCGUAUGGAGCCGGUGCA